AUCCGACGGAUAUAAAUAUAUUUUAAACUACCCCUUUAGCUAGCUAGCUUACCCGAGGCAAUUGUUUUGUUUUCAAAAAUAUUAUCGAUACUUGCUUUGUUAUAGCUUGCUGGGUGCUUCAUAUUGUAAAGCUACUCACUCUCUCGUCAUCAUGGACGAGGAAUAUUACGAAAGGAAUAUUGGAGACUGGGAUGGUCCGGAUGGCAAUCAGGACGACUAUGUUGAAGGGGAGAACGAUGGGAAAGUUCAGGAGGACUGCCUACAGAAGUUCUCCAGCAGAGAUUACAUCAUGGAGCCUGCUGUCUUCAACACCCUCAAAACAUAUUUCCAGGCUGGUGGCUCCCCUGAACAUGUCAUCCAGCUCCUGUCGGAGAACUACUCUGCUGUGGCACAGACUGUCAACCUGCUGGCAGAGUGGCUCAUCCAGAUGGGUGUAGAGCCUGCUCAGGUGCAGGAGCGGGUAGAGAAUCACUUGAAAAGUCUCCUGAUCAAGCACUUUGACCCCCAGAAGGCAGACUCCAUUUUUACUGUAGAGGGAGAGACUCCUGCCUGGCUGGAACAGAUGAUCGCCCACACCACCUGGAGAGACCUUUUCUACAAGCUGGCCGAGGCCCACCCUGACUGUCUGAUGCUCAACUUCACUGUCAAACUCAUUUCAGAUGCGGGCUACCAGGGGGAGAUCACCAGUGUGUCGACAGCAUGCCAGCAGCUGGAGGUGUUCUCCAGGGUCCUAAGGACCUCUCUGGCCACGCUGCUGGAUGGAGGAGAGGACAACCUAGAGAAGAACCUGCCAGAAUUCGCUAAGAUGGUGUGUCACGGGGAGCACACAUACCUGUUUGCCCAGGCCAUGAUGUCCAUCAUGUCUCAGGAGGAGCAGGGGGGGUCGGCCAUGCGCAGGAUCGGCCAGGAAGUACAGAAGUCUGCACAUCAACGGGGCCAUGAUGCCAGUCAGAUUACUCUGGCAUUGGGCACAGCAGCAGCCUACCCUCGAGCCUGCCAGGCCCUGGGCGCAAUGCUGUCCAAAGGGGCACUCAACCCUGCCGACAUCACUGUGCUCUUCAAGAUGUUCAGCAGCAUGGACCCACCUCCCGUAGAGCUGAUCCGAGUGCCUGCGUUCCUCGACCUGUUCAUGCAGUCGCUAUUCAAGCCGGGCUCAAAGAUCAACCAGGACCAUAAACACAAAUACAUUCACAUCCUGGCCUAUGCUGCCAGUGUGGUUGAAACAUGGAAAAAGAACAAGCGAGUGAACAUCAACAAGGACGAGCUUAAAUCCACCUCCAAGGCCAUUGAGACGGUCCAUAACCUGUGUUGCAAUGAGAAUAAAGGAGCCACAGAACUGGUGGCUGAGCUCAGCACCCUGUACCAGUGCAUCCGGUUCCCAGUUGUUGCCAUGGGGGUACUGAAGUGGGUUGAUUGGACGGUCUCUGAGCCCCGCUACUUCCAGCUCCAGACAGACCACACCCCUGUCCACCUGGCACUUCUGGACGAGAUCAGCACCUGUCACCAGCUUCUGCACCCACAGGUCCUCCAUCUACUGAUCAAGCUCUUUGAGACUGAACACUCCCAGCUCGACGUCAUGGAGCAGAUGGAACUGAAGAAGACCCUGUUGGACCGUAUGGUCCACCUGCUGAGUCGAGGCUACGUGCUGCCUGUAGUCGGAUACAUCCGCAAGUGCCUGGAGAAGCUCAACACAGACAUCUCUCUCAUCCGCUACUUUGUAACGGAGGUGUUGGAUGUGAUUGCCCCUCCGUACACUUCAGACUUUGUCCAGCUGUUCCUGCCCAUCCUGGAGAACGACAGCAUCGCUGGCACAAUACGCACAGAGGGAGAACACGAUCCUGUGGCUGAGUUUAUAGCUCACUGCAAAUCCAACUUCAUCAUGAUGAACUGAGAAUGAUGCUGGUGGUCCACCUUGGAUGAGGAUGUAGUGGGAAUACCAGGGAGGGGCAGAAGGCGUGACCUCAGUUAUGAGCCAAUCAUACCUUGACGUGUUGUAUGGACUGGUGGAAGAGGAAUAGAACAAUUUUGAGGCAGACCAUUUUCAUAGACUGACCUGCGAUUUUGCGUUCUCUUCAAAUGUGGCGUAAACACAUGACUUUGAGAAUUAAAAGGAUGUUGUAGUGUAUCAUUGCUUAUCACAGUUAAUAAGGGUCUGGAGGUUUGAGGAUAACUUGUUUUACAAUGCAGCUCCAUCAUUGGUUUCACUGUUUUUUCCAUUGGUAUGUGCCAAGGUUUCAAAAUCCAUUUUCUGUUGCAUUGUCUUUUGAUUUUUAUAAAUGUUAAAAUGACUGCUCAAAAGAAAAAUGUUUUCCUAGUUCCCCUUUUCAAUUUGACAAGAAUCUUGGUUUUAUUUGUUUUUCGCACCUAGCAACAGUUAAUUGUACAGUGGUAUUUAUACGACAAGACAAUGAGUUUCCACCAUGCUGCAUCAUUUCCUUUGAGGUGGUUCAAGGAAAGUUAAUGUAUAAAAAACAAGUUUCCAUCUGGCCUGGAUUCAAACACACCACUUGUGCCAACACAUUGCAAAGUGCACGAAGUGAUUUUAGUGCCAACUGAUUAUUUGGAUAUUGAUUUAAUUCAUAAAUUGAACUUGUAUUUUCAUGAUUUUAUAAGGGAGAGUCACAACCACCAUAAGAAUACAGUUGAAAUGCCUUAAGGAUAGCUUUUCCACUCCCUAAUAAAUCUUGCUCUUGUGACUGACUGGGUUUGAACCAGGUCUCCUGCAAGGUUACUCAUUAAAUGUGUGGUUCAUCGAACCAACUCGCAUUACACCCCCUUUGACCUCAGAACCAAUAUAACUGACUGGGUUUAAUCAGGCCUGCAGAAUGCCUGAGACGUCAGUUUAAUUGGAGUUCUAACUCAGGUCUCCUGUGUGCCAGACAAUGCAAAUGUUCAGGUCUCCGAUCAUUUCUUAGAUGGUCAAAGUCACACGACCAAUGGCUAAACCCAGUCAGUCACGUUACCUUUGCCGGAGAUUUGAACCUAAACAUGUCAUCGGGUCUCAGGCAAGGUUCUUAAAACAAAAAUCACGCUCUUUUGACGAGUAACCUUGCUGGAGCUUGAAGACUUGUUUUGCAGGUGGGUAGUCAAGUGUCGCCCCUUGCGCAAUUAAAGCUGAAUCAGCGUGAAGUAACUCACUAAGCAGGAAACGUAAUGUCCUUACAAUGGUGCCACUGGAUGUCUCGUUGCACUGGUUUAACCACUGGGGGGGUCGCUGUGGAGUGAGUAUGUAGUGGAUCUGUGACUCAGCCUAAAUUGUCACCCCUUUUAUCAAUUGAAAAAUGCCACUUUCAAUAGGAGGGUGGUCACAUGUGUUUGUGAAACAGAUGUCCUGAGUUUGUAUAAGCUGAUUCGGUCCUUUUUAAAAUUGUCCCUGUGGGCUAACAGUGUCGUGACAUACAGGAGACCUGGUUCGAACCCAGACAGUUGCAAGAUUAAAUGGGGAGUUGAAAGGCUAUCCAACUACUCUUAUGGAGGACAAAUUGCAGUUGACACUCCCUUCUGAUCACAGGUUGCGUCAGAGGGAACCAGAACGCACAGCCAUGGUCGAGAUUCUUAGCUUUCAGGAAUGUGGUCAAUAGCCUGAAUGAUUCAAAUUCUUAAGAAAAUACCAGCGACAUACCACAAGUUUCAGAAACCGCUAGAAGAAUCUGAUUUUGUUCCAGGUUGAAUCUUAAAUGAAUGCAAUAGCUUCCAUAUUGAAACUCAAAUUUUAUUAAAUUUUUAAAAAACAAUAAGACCCAGAUUAAAUAAGUUACAUUUAAGUCAAUGAUUCAACUUGUACAUUCAAACAGAAAUGUAAAUAAACUCUGUCAGCACUGAAAUCACACAAGUCAGUGCCUUGAUACAAUCCUUGAGUUAAUUAUCACGAACAAAAGACAUAUGGCAUCAGAAUUGAUGAAGGCUACCCCUGCAAACAUUGACAGCAAUUUGUUUGCUUACUGGCAUUGAUCUUUGGCUAAUUGUGCAAAUCGGCAGUCAUACUUGUUCCCAAGGCAAAGCACAUGUCUUGUUGCCAC